AUGCCAAAUACCUCUGCUUCACCUUUCGUCGAUGCUUUGACCAACUCGACGAUCGCCACCACCAGCACUAAUGGUGUUAGCUUGUUCUCCGCCGUUCUGACUCUUCUGGGCCUCUUUGAUCCUCAGAUAGUGUUACGUGCAGUCUCCAGAGCCCUUUUGCACGUUGUGAUAUGGCCAACAAUUCGUGGACAGUCUUUCAAAUGGGAGAAGGCUGUCCUGUACACGCCAGUCCCACGACCUGCAUCUCUCCUCUCCGACUUUGACACAAUCACAUCAGCCACCCGCUUCCCUUUUCUAAACAACACUUUUGCGGAUGUCCUUGAAGUGGCCGCAUUCAUCUUGGUCUUCCUGAUUCGAGAGUGGGUUAUCAACCAACAGCCACUUCUAAAUAUGCCAGAUGACGAGCAGGGAGAUAACCCAGCUCCAGCACAAGCAGAAGACGAGCCGAGACAGCCAGCGCGGCGACGCCGCCGUGGUAUCCGCCAGCUGGGCAACAACAAUAACCUGCAACUGGAUAAUCGGCCACUUCCUGCGCCACGAGCUCGACCCCUUCCAGCACCCAGGAGGCGGGCCACUGAGAACAAUAUCCUCGUGCCGGAGACUGCAGAUGGAUUCCCGAGACCACUUGCUCCUCAGCGUGCCCAAAGUCUUGUCCCUGCUUUACAGGAACUAGAAUUCAAUGCCCGUCAAUUAGGAGCAAUCGGAUCCGAACCAGCACCACAACGACCUGCUGGUCACGAGACACAAAAUGAGCCCCUGGAAUCACCUCCACUUCAUCGUGGCGUCUUUGACGACAUGGGACACAUUCGCCGAAGCAUUGAAGAGGGAGGUAUUUUCAGUCCUUCGGCAGAUACGACGAGCUCAGAAACUCCUGAAGUCUCGUUGCCGACACAAGCUACACCUCUGCCGGGAGACGUGUUGGCGACAUCUACCUCACCUACAUUUGCUGCAACUGUGCCACCUUUCGGUGAACAGCGACUUGCACAGAAUGAGUUCACGUUCCGAUCCCCGAACCAGCCCUCGGGAACAGAUAUGAACGUUGAAGAUGCGGAGAACGCGGUACGAGUGGAGAACGACGACGAUUGGGUAUCUGAUUUAGGCAGCGACGUGGUAGAAAACAAGCAGACCGCUACUCACCGGAUACAGGGAACGCCUCAACCAGGCGAGCCACACCCAACAGCUACGCACGACCAGACGGAUGAUCGAUCAGACACCACUGAUCAGAAUGAGGACGUGCAACCCGAGGCUGGGCCAGUAAAUGCUCCUCCCAAUGAGCCGAACACACUUUUCAACCGGCUCAGUAGGUGGUUGUGGCAUACCGAAGACUAUCAACCGGAGAAUCAGCUCGAACCGAAUGUCCCUGAGACUGAGAUUGUAGCAGAUGUAAAUGCUCAGGCUCCUUUUGUUCCUGUUCACAAUCAGCCCGCUGAAAGAGCGGAUGCUGCUGCGCACAACGGUCCUGUCCCACAAGUGCCAGCCCCUGAUGCUGCCAGAAACAAUGCACCUCACGAACACGACGUUGUGGAUGAAGCUGAAGACAUGGAAGGGAUCAUGGAACUCAUAGGAAUGGAGGGUCCCAUCGCUGGCAUGAUUCAGAAUAUCAUAUUCAGCGUCUUCCUCAUCACCUUGACGCUGUCUGCUAGUGUUUGGUGCCCCUACAUAUGGGGCAAGAUUGCUUUACUCUUCAUUGCGCACCCUUUUAGUGUACUCGUCAAGGCACCAUUGUUCCUGCUAUCGAGAACCGCGGAUUUCAUCGUCGAUAUCGGCCUCUUCACCACUAGUCUCUUCGGAUUACUCCUUACUCACAUUGCCAAAGUCAUCAGACUUGCUACUCAUCCACUUCUGCCGUCAAUCAGCAGAUUCUUCGACGCGAGGUUGCUCGAGAAAAUAUCGACACAACUUUCCUCCAGCAGUGGCACUCGCCUCGAGAAGAGUAUCUCAAAGGCCCUUCUUGGGUUCCGUCCAGAUUUGCCUACGUUCUCAGUACAAUCGCACCAUGUGCAACGUGUGCUUGGUCGAUAUCUGAGGUCAGCUUCUGUAAACCUUGUCUACAGCAUAGCCUCAUGGACCACGCGAGUUUCACAAUCUACUUCCUGGCAAGAUCUUGUGACUCUUCCAACGACCUUUGGCAGAUUUUUAGCAUCCACUCCGAGGACAUCUCGCUUGACCGUGGUCGCCUUUCAGCAAUGGCUCGCUCAGCUGCAACAUGAUCUACGACCACUAUCGUUCGCCAAACCAGAGGAGAUUGAUUAUACACUUGUGCAAUGGACUGCCUGGGAGAAGAUUGUAUGCAUUGUCAUGGGAUAUGCGCUCUUUGCAUACACAGGCUAUCUGUACCUCAAGAUUGCGCAUCGUGUCCUAAACCUGAAGCACCAAGAGAAAGUCCCAGGCAUCCUGGCUGAUACUCUUCGGCAAGCUGGUGGCGUCAUGAAGGUUGUUGUGAUCAUCGGCAUUGAGAUGAUCGUAUUUCCACUUUACUGUGGCACAAUGCUCGACAUCGCACUCUUACCGCUGUUUCAAGGAGCCACUCUUCAAUCACGGCUAGACUUCUUGCUCAACACGCCCUUCACUGCAUUGUUUAUUCAUUGGUUCCUGGGCACUUGUUACAUGUUUCACUUCGCACUCUUCGUGUCGAUGUGUCGCAAGGUCAUGAGAAGAGGAGUCCUUUACUUCAUACGCGACCCUGAUGAUCCAACUUUUCAUCCUGUCAGAGAUGUGCUCGAAAGACCAGUUGUUACUCAAUUAGGAAAGAUCGCAUUCUCUGGAUUCGUGUAUGGAAGUCUUCUGGUCAUAUGUUUGGGUGGAGUGGUAUCAGGCCUGAGCCGCACCGGUGACAUUCUACCUCUUCACUGGGGCAGUCAAGAUCCAAUCAUGAUCAUUCCAGGCGAUAUCAUAUUCUACAACUUCAUGUUGCCAUUUUUCCUGCGCAAGGUUGACUUAACGGGAAAACUCUCGAACAUAUUUGAAUGGUGGUUUCGAGGUUGUGCCGCUGGUUUGAGAUUAUCUGACUUUCUGUUUGGAGUGGACAACGAUGAAGAGAAGAGCCCAGGUGCCUUCUUAUGGAGACGGUUUCUGCACGUCCUUCUACACGAGCGAAGGACGAAACACCCAAUGGUGCGCUAUAUCGAAGAGCUGGCGGAUCAUAAAGACCGACUAUUGUGGUUUAAGUCUGAUGCCGCCACAAUCGACGAAACUACAAUACGAUUGGUAGUCGGACAGGUCCGGAGCCCAAAGAUUUUUAACCUCUCGAGCGACAAAUCUCAAGUCUUGGUGCAAUUCAGUGAAGAGGACGAUAUGGCUGAUAUUAUGAGAAAGGUUGAAAUAUGGAAUAAUGGCAAUACAGGAGGAAUCGUUAUCUCCAAAGUCAAGGAUCUCAGCGUGGAGACUGUUGUCAUGCCUGCUGCUCGUGGCACACCAGUUGACCCUUCCGCGGGCACAUAUGUUCGUGCUCCAGCCAAAGAUAGUGUCCGGAUCCCCAAAGGCACAAACAUCUUUGUUCGCGUAGAUGAAAACAACAAUCGCAUCGAUGGCAAGGACGAACCGGAAAUUGGCCGGCUACAUAACAAGAAGGAUGAACGGUUCUCCAAGAUAUUUGUUCCCAACCACUUUCGCGCAAGGAUAACAACUUUCAUAGGUCUGAUCUGGACUUUCAUUGCGGUUGCUGGUUUGAUCUUCACUAUCGGACCCCUAAUCUUCGGAAGAAUCAUUAUCAGAUCCGUUGUUGGCCCUUCAGUCGUCAUCAACGAUCUCUAUGCAGUCACGGUUGGCAUUCAUGUCCUUGUAGGAUUCAUAUUCGUGUCUCACCAGGUCAUCACAAAAUGGAACCAGAAUCUCGACCGUAUCGGUAACUUAUUCAAGAACACACGUCAAGCACUACCAGCCAUCGCUGUCUUUCUGAAGCGCACCCUCGGCCAGCUUUACCUCGCAAUUACUGUCGGAAUCGUCCUUCCAAUGGCGCUCUCUCUCCUGGCAGAGCUCUACAUCAAUAUCCCCAUCUACAGCUACCUCGUAAGCGAAGACAAGACCGGGCCCGCCAACCCUCUCAUAUCCUCAACCCAAGGACAAGCCUCACCCAUCAUCCACAUUCUACAAACCUGGAUCAUGGGCCUCCUCUACCUCCGCGUCAUCCUCCGAGUCAUGACCACAACCCCAAACACCACAACCCGUCCCGCCAUCGCAAUCCGCAACAUCACUCGCGAUGGCUUCACCAGACCAGACGUCAAACUUGCCUCGCGCGCACUAGUCCUUCCCUUCCUAUCGGUCUGCAUCAUCCUCCUCAUCCUACCGCUCGUCCUCGCGCGUAUCGUUCUACUCUGCAGCAGCAACCUGGCAAACGAAGAGCUUCACGCCCGUGCCUACCGCUACUCCUAUCCAGCUGUCCUAGCACUCGCUAUCGCGGCGUACAUGCUGCAUAGACUACGGGCUCGCGUAAAUAGAUGGAGGACAAAGAUUCGGGACGAGGUUUAUCUGAUUGGUGAGCGGUUGCAUAAUUUUCCGGCACAGGAUGAGGCGUUGCGGAAGAGGGGGCAGGUGAAGAAUAAGGGGAAGGGGAAAGAGAGGGAGAAGAUGGUGAGGGAAGAUCAGGUGCGAGCGCAGGGUUCUGGUAUGGCUGAUGAGAUACGCGGUGGUGAUGGUGUGGAUGUUGGUGGGAGAGAUGGUGGUUCAGAGACAGCAAGUCUUGGUCAGGCUGAGUCUGCUGGAGCCGAGAAUCUCGAGACUGACAAUGAGAAACGAGAGCAUGACAGUGACUUCACGCAAGAUGCUGAGAAUUUGGAGGUUACCGAGGACGCACUGAAGAUUGGAUUAGAGACGUAA